GGGAGGAAUCUUGUAGUAGCGCUGGACGGUACUAUGAACCAAUUCGGUCUCAAGAACACAAACGUCGUCGAGAUCUACGCGCGCAUAGAACAGAACAACGAGCAGCUCAAGUACUAUAGCAGCGGGAUCGGAACCUACGCCAACCCAUCUAGGAAACACACGUGGACCCUGCUCAAAACAAAAAUGGAAAGCUCAAUCGACCUCGCGAUCGCAUGGAAUUUCGAGAAAAUCAUUCUGGCAGCUUAUCGUUGGCUCUCUGAAAACUAUAAGCCGGGAGAUCAGAUAUUUCUGUUCGGCUUCUCCCGUGGAGCAUACCAGGCGCGAGUACUUGCUGGAAUGAUUGACGAAGUGGGACUCAUUAACCCCGGAAACGAGGAGCAAAUUCCGUACAGCCGGAAAGUCAUGGAAACAAACGAACCGCUGACACGUGUCUUCAAAACUACUUUCUCCCGCACAGACGCGAAAGUACACUUUCUGGGGGUAUGGGAUACGGUCUCAUCCGUGGGACUCACUCGGUCCUCACGGCACCUACGCAACACACAAACUGUUCAUCACGUCUGCUAUUUUCGACAUGCUCUUGCUCUGGACGAGCGGAGGGUGAAGUUCUCUCCCGAGGACAUCCUUCGUUCAUGGAGCUUCGGGCAAGGAAACACAAGCGAUAUCAAUGGGAGUAACGCAAACUCUUCCUUGCAAUAUACUCGCAGUGAACAGCCGUGCUCCUUGGCGAACGGAAAACAUUGCACUUCAUGCAUCCGGCUUCACCAACGUAAUGACGAUAAUGAACGACGAAAGGAGGUCUGGUUUGCAGGCUGCCACUCAGACUUACACGGCAUAUCGGCCAUCUGGAUGGCAAAUGAAGCUCAAGCGAAAGGCCUCAAGAUGACGAUUUCUGAGGCAGAACUAGAUCCGGACAAGUUCAAGAAGCAGGAUCCGAAGGAGUCCUUGAAAUCUGGAUGGUGGUUGCUCGAGCUCCUUCCAUUCUUCAGCCGCAAGGAAGACUUCCCCAAACGCCAUAGAUGGUGA